CUAAGCAUUGCUUKACAAGAAUCUAAACUGAAUCAAUAAAGUAGACAUCACAAUACUGACAACGUCCCGCGAUAGAAACAAGUCUAUUUUAUCAAUCUCUACGUCACAAAGCACCCAUACCUUGGUGAAAAUAACAACACCGGAAUACAUUGGCAGGGAGUGAACUGAACCAGAAUGGCAAUUGACGAGAAGAACCGCGUUACAAAAGGACGUCAUGGCUGUGGGAGGAAAAGGGCGUUCCCAACGACCUGCAGAAGAGCCUUCAAACUUGCAUCGGCAAUGACGCUCUCGGCGUCCCUGGUGGCCACUGCUGCCUUCCAGCAGAGYCUUCCCCUGAGCCAUCCUAACUCCCCCUUGUCAGUACAUCGAUCCUCCACCGCGGUGAAGGUGUUGGCGGAUCCYACAAACCUCGUGCGCAUUGAAAAGAAACAGACCGUUGAGGAUAGAGCCGCUCUCGAAGAACUCUAUCUCCUCUCGACGCUGGCGAAAAAAGCCAUGGGGAAAACGCAGCAAAAACGAAGACGKGAGAGAGCUGCAGCGUCGUUGGCCACAGCUUCCGUUCUCAAGCAAAAAACGAAACGUGUUAGCACCACCACUACUACCAAAUCAACAAUUGCGAAAAAGUUKAGCACGCCGAAAACUACCGUGUCGAAGGGGAAAGCACUGAUAAAUGGGAAAGAGGCUACAACGCAAGCAAUCCAGGCUUCGAAGAAGCCUACGGAAAAGGACCAAGAGGUUCCUCUUCCAGCACCCCAGGAAACGCUUGCGAACUCGAUUUCCUCCGCUACGAAUCCCCCGAUAACAACUCCAGAACGCCUGCAGUUUCGGGGAUUGUCCACAGUCCCGAACCGAAGGAACGGAAAGAAAAAGAAGACGUUAGAUCCCGUCAAACCUGUUCGGGUCGACCUAGACACGGAUGAAUAUAUUCGCAGCAUACUGCGAAAGAAGGAAGAGUUUCUUUCCUUMGACUCUCCGGGCCCCAACGAUCUGUCGGAGGGAAUGGCAYCUCUAGAAUCCAAAACUCUUUUGGACUCUUCGGAAGUCACAACCAGCAGCAAAUCCGGAUCGAAUUCGAUCCACAACAACAUGCGCUACAACAGCAAGUCGUCGACCAUGCCAGGAUUUCGGCAACGCCGCAACACCGAUCGCGCAAUUGCGUACCAGAAUGGCGUAAAAAUUGCGGAGCAGCACGCUGGGAUUGACUUCAGGGAAUCACCUGUAUUCAAAAGCAAGCGUGGACAAAGCAGCGGCCAGGCGAUGUACCGGGCGAGCAAAUCGGUGCCCGAUAGUCUGGUGCAGUUUGCAAACGAGAUCCACAACGUCGAUCGCAUCACGCCCAAGGAAGAGAUCGUGCUCGGAGAGAAAACACAGGAGGCCAUUCGACUUCAGGGCAUCUACGAUGGUUUGGUGGCCAAGCUGGAUAGAGAACCAACCGACGAUGAGUGGUGCGCGGCAGCUGGAAAAUUCAACAUGGAGUCCAUCACCCAGACCAUCGAGGAGGGCCUCGACGCCAAAAACCGCCUGGUGACAUCRAAUCUGAGAAUGGUACAGGGGGUCGUCAACGUCUACAUCAAGAACGGACUCCAGGGACAAUACAAUGCUGGUGACCUGAUGCAAGAGGGAAUUGUGGUAAGUACAAGCUGAGACUUUUGUUGAUUGAAAUUGGCAAUCCGUCACGAGUUUUGCAAUUAUUUGUAAUCAGGUUCUAAUAAUGAUGUCUUGCUUCUAUUUUUAAUUUUCAGGCAUUGAUCAGAGCUGCCGAGAAGUUUGAUCCCACGAAAGGAUUCAGAUUUUCCACGUAUGCWAUGUAUUGGAUUCGAGCCGCUGUGAAACGAGAUCAGUUGUACCAGUCCCGUGUCAUACAAAUCCCACAGCGCUUGCACGAGAACAGCAAGCGAAUCGAAGUUUGCAGGAAGGAACUGACCGAGGCUUUGGAUCGCCCGCCUACCGUUUCGGAAAUCAGCAACGUACUCGGAAUGACAACGGCGCAAAUUGAGAGGUGUGACACAGCCAUGGCGCAGAGGAUAAGUUCUUUGGACCAGCAAAUUGUCAACAGAAACAAGCCAAUGAGCACUGAUCGUGGUAUGGAAUCGUUGCAUUCCAUCAUCGCGAGCAAAACCGAUGAUGACGAGACCCAAAAGAUUGAYUUGAUCCAUUUAAGAGAAGAUUUAUUGAAGGCAUUGAACAUCCAUUUGACGCAAGAAGAAGCAUCGAUAAUUAYCCUGCGGUUUGGCAUGGACGAGGAAUAUGCGUCGUCCAAAAAAGCAGGACGAACGAUUAGUGAAGUUGGCGAUAUAACGGGCCUMAAGCCCGAUAAGGUGCGACGAAUYAUUCUACGAUCUCUCAAAAAGCUGAGGAUUUCCAUYGGCGAUGAUUUUGAGUUGUACAAUCAGGAAUUCAGCACGUAAUCGAYCAACAACUUUUGGGUCUAUCCCGCCGACUGUAAGAGCUACUGUAACAACAAAAUACACCAUAGAAUUUCUU